GUUUUAUUUGUGUUCGGUGUUUCGUGAAGUUGAGUCGAAUUUUUCUUCAUUCUCCGGUAGAUAAAAUAAUAGGUAGAAAAGAAACCAAGGAAAUAAAAAGACGAACAAGAAGAGAAUUUCUCAUAAUUUAGAAUUGAAUUGUUAGUGAUUUAUUGAAGUCAUUGUUGAGAAUUAUUUUAUUGCCAUUUUGGAGCACCAUCAAGUGAUCAAUUAAGAGACGUAAAUAAAUUAAUUGAAACACAAGUGGUAGCAAUAAAUAAAUGCAGCAGUGAUUUGUAUGCAUAAGAUAUCAUUUUUAUAAUAAUAAAUAAUUUAAAAUAACUCAGAACUGAAAUGAAACUGAUGGCACAUUUCAAUAAGUGAAGAAAUCAAAUAUCUACAUGUGAAAGUAUUUAAUUUUGUGGUUAAAUAUAAAAUAUCUUGAAAUCAGAAAAGUAAAAAGGAAAGAAAAAUGUUGUCGCAUUACGGCCAUCAACAAUCAAUGAAUAUGUACCCGAAGAAUCACAGUGGUGGAUCAGGUUUGCCUUAUGGUGUUUCACCAUCAGCUGCCGCUUGGUACAUUAAUUAUCAUCAUCAACCACCAAGUGGAGCCCAAUUUCUAGGUGAUCCCGACGCUCCACAUCAGCCUGUUUAUUAUCCACAUCACAUGUUUCAACAGUCGAGUCCCGAUUGGGCCGGACAUGAGAAUUACUCAGCACCACCACAAAGCAGUACACCUGCUUCUCUUCUUCAAGGUGUUCAAGGUUCAGGAGUCACUACUGGCAGCGGUGGUGGACCCUCUGGUUUCUUAUCAAUUAAUCAAGCGACGCAAAAUGGAAACAGUAACAACAACAAUGAACACAUUCACGAUGGUUUACAAAGUUUACCGUCACCGCCGAUUACUGUUUCUGGAAGUGACAUGAGUAGUCCUGGAGCACCUAAUGGAUCAUCUUCACCUCACAUUCAUUCACGCCCGACGCCUGUUAAGAGCCCUUACGAAUGGAUGAAGAAACCUUCAUAUCAAAGUCAACCCAAUCCAGGUAAAACACGAACGAAAGAUAAAUAUCGUGUCGUUUACACUGACCAUCAACGGCUUGAGCUUGAAAAAGAAUUCCAUUAUACAAGAUACAUCACAAUUCGACGAAAAUCGGAGCUGGCACAAGCAUUAUCGUUGUCAGAGAGACAAGUUAAAAUUUGGUUCCAAAAUCGAAGAGCCAAAGAUCGCAAACAAAAGAAAAAGAUUGACAAUGGUGGAACAAUUUCCGUGAAUGGUCAAACCAUUAUUUCGACGUCCCAAACCAACAUUAAUACAUCGUCGGUAUCGACAUCGAAUUUAUCAAGUUUUUUGGAUGUGAAGCCAAAAAUUGAUCCUUCCAUCCAUUUACAACAAUUGCAUCAAAUGAGUAUGGGAUUUGGAUAUGAUAAAAUGGGACUUCAUGCUCAUCACGCUUUGAAUUCUCAUCAUCUGGCACAUCAGCUUCCACCGACUUCUUUGAGUCAACAACCAACUUCACAAUCAACACCUUCACCCGCUAUGUUAAUGGGCUGAAUUUAAUCUAAUUUUAUUAAAUUUUAAUUCAAUCUACGAGAUAUUAAUAACUUAUAAGGAAAGAGAAAAAUUUUCAUUCUUAAUUUUAACGAUUUAAAAGAAAUUUAGUUUUUCAAGAGCCGUCCCUUGAAAUGAUAACUUUAAAAAAAUGAGAUAGUGAAGUGCAAUGAUUCGCAAUAUUACAUGCAAUUGAAUAUUUGAUAAGAAAAAUGUGCAACAAUGAAUAAUAAUUAUAAGAAUUAAAUAGGUUAGGGAAUCAUAUUCAGUAAUAAUUUGUUAUUUAGGUACAUGUAUGAAGGUGAGAGAAAGUAAUUUUGAUUAAAGGUUCAAAUUAAUUCAUUCAAGAUUAGGAAAAGAAAUUAAUCGAAUGGUUUUAAUGAAAAAAUAAAAAUUUAUAAAUAAUAAAUAUCAAUCUGCAAUUUUUAAUCUUAAUUCUUUCUUAAAUCAGCCAUUUGUUACAAAUUUUAAUUCAAAAAUUGCACCGUGAUUAAUGAGAAAAAAAAACUUGAACUUUAUAAAUAAUGAAAUUGACUUUAAUCACGUGUGAGAUUACAAGGAAUUUUUGUUAAGUUACAAAUAAGAAUUCUUUGAUGCCUAGAUAGAGUAGACAUUUUAAUUGCAUAGAUUUAAUAUUUCAAUCGACGAUUUUAUUUGUUAUUGAUUUUCACCUAUUUCACAUUAAUUCUUGAAUUAAGCAAAUUAAAAGAAAAUUCACGUUGUAAUUUUGAUCCUAACAAGAAGAUAAGAAAAAUAAAAAGAAAAUAAACCAGAA